UUCAUCAGAUAAAAGACCAAAACACUUCAUCAUGUUAUUCAUCAUAAACAUUAUCAAUAUUUUAUACAUAAAAAUCAAUCUAGAAAUAAGUAUUAACUACAGCUGUCAGAUAAAUGUAGAGUAAAAACUACAAUAUUUGCUUCUGAAGAUGAAGUAUGUGAAUUAUUGGUGCUUUGUUUCUGUUGACAGAAAGUCUUAACCCACAUCAUCAUCAUCAGUUAAUGAUCAGAACUUUGUGAUUCUUCUGUGUCAGUGACAUCACAAAGAUGGAACAGUCUAGAACCGUCUCCUCCAAACAGUUUAACUUUCACUCAGUACUUCACCUGACCAUCAGUCAACUCCAGUCACCAGUGAUCAGCUACUGUCAACCUACACAGUCAAACAACAAUACAACCUUCACCAUCUCUUUGUCCAGUCAUCAUGGAAGGGAGAUACAACCUGAGGCCCAGGGCCUCUGGUAGAGUGCAGACUAACAACACUAGGAGGCCCCAGCAUUAUGUGCCACCUGCAGGAGUGCCUCCCAGCUCAGACGUGAACUCCCUCAGACAAGCCCUUCUCUCAGCUGAAGAGUGCAAUAUGAAGCUGGCCUCUGAAAACACUGCACUGAGGCAGCAGUUUGCCAACCUGCAGGGAGAAAAUCAAAAAUUGAUGCACGAGAAUCGCUGCCUGCAGGGGGCGCUGGGUAGGAAGCUGCACAUGGCCAAACAGAGGGUCAAUGAUUUGGAAAAGGCUCUGGAGGUCACAAAGUCAGGCCCAGAUCACAACAAUUGGGAGGAAAGAGUCAGAGAGAAGGAAAGAGAACUCUCUUCACUUCGAGACACCCUCAGUGCACAGAAGGAGGAGACAGAGAAAGUCAGAGAUUCAUGGAUGAAGGACUGUGACAAGAUGAAGGCUGCCUUUGAGGAGGAAUUAAAAAUGGUCAAGUCAACGUGCGACACCCAGCGGAGCAGUGACCUGCAGGAAAUUCAAGCUAAUUGUGAGAGGAAGGUGAACCAGCUGCAAGAGGAGAUGACAGAGAAGGACACUCAGAUCAGCACCAUGAGAAAUGAGAUUAAAACUCUGAACGAGAAGUUCAAGAAGGAGCUAGUGGAAAGGGAGGAGAGCUGGGAAAGGAGGCAGAAGGAAGCGGAGAAACUGUGGGCCCAACAAGAAGAUGCCCUUGUGAAAAAGGCGAGCGAAGCAGAGGAGGAACUGAAGACUGUGAUAGUUAAAAGCAUCAAUCUUCAGGAGCUCGUCCUUAAAAAGAAGAAGAAGAAGGAGAAGAAGCGAGGCCUCUGGAGCAGAGAGAGAGAAACAAGCAGCCGUGUGGAGGAGGAGGCUGCAGGGUGUUCUGCUCAGGCUGGACAGGAAGGAAAAAAGAAGGAGAAGGAGGAGAAGAAGGAGAGCAGGAGAGGCUUCUGGGGCAAGAAGAAAGAAAAAAGCAACGGUGACAAGGAGGCUUCAGUGUGUCUGGCUCAGACCGGACAGGAGCAGAAAGAGAAAGACAAAAUAAAGAGGAGACAAGGCCUCUGGAGCAAAAAGAAGCAAGAAACCAGCUUUGAGGAAGAAAAGGAGGAGGAGGAGGAGGCUGCAGUGUGUCAGGCUGAGGUCGGACAGGACGAGGAGAUAAAGGAGAAGAAACGGAGCUACUGGAGCUGGGCUCGCUAGAAGGAAAGCAGCCACAGUGACAGUAAAGUGGAUGAAGGUGAUGGACGGCAGUGAAGCAUCCAUCCUGCACCCACCCUGACCCCCCACCCUACCCCUACUCCUAUCCUCCUAUCCUGCACCCCCUUUACACCAACCCCCAC